GCCGCCCGCGCGCAAGCUCGGGUCGCUACCUCCGGGGGGCUCUUGCCAACGGCGCCGCGGGCCUGCAAGCUGGGGCAGCGGGCACUCCCUCGACCUCGUCCUCCUCGUCCUGUGCGGCCGGCCGGGCGAGGCCGGGCCCGCGUGGGGGGCAGGCGGCGCCCGGGCCGGCCCGCGCCUCGGCGGCGUGCUCCAUGCAUCCGGAGCCCGCCCCGCCCCCGAGCCGCAGCAGCCCCGAGCUUCCCCCGAGCGGCUGCAGCACCACCAGCGGCAGCCGCCGGAGCCGCCGCCACAGCGGAGACGGGGAGCCCCCGGGGGCCCCGCCGCCGCCACCCGCCCUCACCUACCCGGACUGGAUCGGCCAGAGUUACUCCGAGGUGAUGAGCCUCAACGAGCACUCCAUGCAGGCGCUGUCCUGGCGCAAGCUCUACUUGAGCCGCGCCAAGCUGAAAGCCUCCAGCCGGACUUCGGCGCUGCUCUCCGGCUUCGCCAUGGUGGCGAUGGUGGAGGUGCAGCUGGACGCUGACCACGACUACCCGCCAGGGCUACUCAUUGCCUUCAGCGCCUGCACCACGGUGUUGGUGGCUGUGCACCUGUUUGCGCUCAUGAUCAGCACCUGCAUCCUGCCCAACAUCGAGGCGGUGAGCAACGUGCACAACCUCAACUCGGUCAAGGAGUCGCCACACGAGCGCAUGCACCGCCACAUCGAGCUGGCCUGGGCCUUCUCCACCGUCAUCGGCACUCUGCUCUUCCUGGCUGAGGUCGUGCUGCUCUGCUGGGUCAAGUUCUUGCCCCUCAAGAGGCAGCCAGGCCAGCCGAGGCCCACCAGCAAGCCCCCAACCGGUGGCGCGGUCGCCAACGUCAGCACCAGCGGCAUCACCCCAGGCCAGGCGGCCGCCAUCGCGUCCACCACCAUCAUGGUGCCCUUCGGCCUGAUCUUCAUCGUCUUCGCUGUCCACUUCUACCGCUCACUGGUCAGCCAUAAGACGGACCGACAGUUCCAGGAGCUCAACGAGCUGGCGGAGUUUGCCCGCUUACAGGACCAGCUGGAUCACAGAGGGGACCACCCCCUGACGCCCGGCAGCCACUAUGCCUAGGCCCUUGCAGUCGGGGCCAUUCCAGCGCGUUGCCCUUAGCCCUUCCCCAUGACCUUGUCCUGCCCCAGCCUCACGGACAGCCUGUGCAAGGGGCUGGGCUGCAGCAGGGGGCAGAGCGUGGAGGGAAGAGCCUUUUUGUAAGAGAAAUUUCUGCACUUUGAAACUGUCCUCUAGGAGAAUAAGCACUUCCUGUUCUUCCAGCUCCGGGUCCACCUCCUGUUACAAGGCGGUGGGGGGCCAAAGUGGGGCCACAGGCUCGCUGUGUCUCCUCUCCUCCCCUGUGCCGGUGCCACCUGGGUGCCUCCUGUCCUGUCCGUCUCAGCCUCUCUCCCGUCCAGCGUUGAGUGUGAACAUGUGCGUGUGACACAUAAAUAUACUCAUAAGGACACCUGC